GAUAUGAUUGCGGCCGGGAAUUAUCGUGAUGCUAUUGCUUGCGCCACGUUAUUUGAUUUCCAGUCACAUUUUACGCUUAACGAAUUGGUCAUCCCUUGCAUGCUGCAAGACCGUUUCGUUGCCGUGGAUGCGUUUAUCAAAGGCGAGAAGAAACUGCAGGAAGAGCUUGUGCGGUAUUUUGAUGGUUUGGAAUAUCGUCAGAAAAAAAUAAUGACAAUUCCGAUGGCGAAACUACAAAAAAAAGCUAUCGAAAAGCUCGUUGUUCGAUUACUAUCGGCGUAUAAUUUGACAGCUCAAGAUGUGGCACCAAAUUUGAGCCGAACAAGGCGCGAAGGCUCACUCAGACAUAUAACAUUCCUGUAUUUCGUGGAAAAUAGAAGCUCUUGA